AUGGCUCCAAAGGCUGGCUCGUCAGCUUCAUCCUCCAAAAAGAAGAACUCAUCUGGCGCCAGCAACGAUGGUUUAAAGGCGUCCAAGUUCAAGCUACCUGCCGAAUACAUAGCGAGACCAUUGCCGGUUAAAAAAUACGGUACAAAAGAUACCUGCACUGUAGUGGUCCAUCCCAAUGUUUUGAAGGAACUUGAGAUUAGUAACGGCUCCGUGUGUGUGAUCUCUAAACUUGGCACAGCAGGCGUGGUCGCCGUCGCCAAGCCAGGCGAAGAGGAUUCUCAUCCUAGCAACGUUGUGAUGAUCUCUGACACAUUGAGAGCUGUUGGCAAUGUUAUAUUUGGUGACCGUUUAGAGAUCAAGAAGAUUCGAAGCCAGCCAGCCUAUGCUUCCACUGUGACCGUUGGGUCGUCAGUGACAGUUGAGGCGUUAGCAGAGAAGAAAAUCGAGCAAUUGCUGAAUGAUUGUGGGAUUAUCAUGCCGGGAAUGACGUUUGAGAAUUUUGAUUUAGGCAACGGAGCGACUUGCAAACUCUGCAUCGCUGAUGUCGUCGACGACAGUCUGCCCGAUCUGUCUCGAUGCCAGAUUAGCGACAACGAAGACAAUGGGAUUGAAGAUUCCCUAUACCUAUCUCUGCCGGUUUUGUAUCGUAAAGGAACCACUGAGGUGAAGUUAACUGACAAUUUGGAGCCCGACGCUAAGUACAAUCUGCCGCAAGCCUUGAACUACGAUGUAGUCGGCGGGCUGGCGAAGGAGGUGAAUGUUCUGAAAAAUACGAUAGAGCUGCCCCUUCACCAGCCUUCACUCUUCACCCAAUUUGCCGUCACUCCACCAAGAGGCGUAUUGUUACAUGGGCCACCUGGUACUGGUAAAACGAUGCUAUUGAGGUGUGUGGCAAACACCUCUAAUGCUCAUGUUCUCACGAUCAAUGGGCCAUCGAUUGUGUCCAAGUAUCUGGGCGAAACUGAAGCAGCAUUACGUGAAAUAUUCGACGAGGCUAGAAAGUACCAGCCUUCAAUCAUAUUCAUAGAUGAAAUCGACUCGAUCGCGCCAAAUCGUUCGCAUGAUGAUUCAGGUGAGGUUGAGAGUAGAGUUGUCGCUACCCUAUUGACACUAAUGGAUGGAAUGGGUGCCGCGGGGAGAGUUGUGGUUGUGGCGGCAACAAAUAGACCCAACUCGAUCGAUCCUGCUCUAAGAAGACCCGGUAGAUUUGAUCAAGAGGUUGAAAUUUCGAUCCCGGAUGCAGACGCAAGAUUGGAUAUCUUAACCAAGCAUUUCAGUAAAAUGUCCCCAGAUCGUCAUACACUGUCACAGGAUGAUAUCAAAAGAAUCUCAUUGAAGACUCACGGAUACGUGGGAGCAGACUUGGUCGCAUUAUGCAGGGAGUCAGUCAUGCGAACAAUCGCAAGAGGAAUAAGCGAGGGAUCUACGGAGUCGCUCAAAGUGUCCGUCGAAGACGUCGAGCACGCAAUGACGGAGAUACGGCCAAGCGCCAUGAGAGAAAUCUUUCUAGAAAUGCCAAAGGUCUAUUGGUCUGAUAUUGGUGGUCAGGAAGAGCUGAAGCGCAAAAUGGUGGAAAUGAUCCAGUUGCCCUUGGAGGCAUCUGCCACAUUUUCUAGGCUGGGGAUCUCGGCUCCUAAAGGAGUGCUAUUAUAUGGUCCGCCUGGCUGCUCCAAGACUUUGACCGCUAAGGCCUUAGCGACAGAAUCGGGGCUCAAUUUCCUAGCUGUCAAAGGUCCUGAAAUCUUCAGCAAAUAUGUCGGUGAAUCUGAGAGGGCAAUAAGAGAUAUUUUUCGAAAAGCCAGGGCAGCCGCUCCCAGCAUUAUCUUCUUUGAUGAAAUCGACGCACUAUCGCCUGAUAGAGAUGGCCCCUCAACAUCAGCAGCUGGCCACGUACUGACCUCGCUCCUGAAUGAAAUUGAUGGUGUCGAGGAGCUAAAGGGCGUGGUAAUUGUCGGUGCCACCAACAGACCAGAUGAAAUCGAUCCUGCAUUGUUACGACCUGGUAGGCUGGAUAGACAUAUAUACGUCGCCCCUCCAGAUUACGCCGCUAGGUUGCAGAUCCUGAGGAAGUGCUCUAUGAAAUUUUCUCACGACGAAAAACCAGAUUACGACAUCGAGGAGCUUGCACAGAAGACCGAGGGCUGUUCUGGUGCCGAAGUGGUUCUGCUCUGUCAGGAAGCUGGUCUCGCCGCCAUAAUGGAGAACACAGAUACCAAAAGUGUAAAGGCACGCCAUUUUGAGAAAGCACUAAGUGGCAUUUCCAGAGGUAUCACACCAGAAAUGCUAGAAUAUUAUCAAGCAUUUGCCGCAAGAGGCGGCAUAUCUGCCUAA